UUUUAGUGCGCGGUGAGAGGCGAGCGGCCGUACAAAGAGUCUGCACAAAAAAACAAUGCUGCAAUAGGCACGGUCUGCGGUUAUUUGUGAUUGAAGAGAAGUCGACGUUCAUUUGCUCGGAUCGCACUCAUAUUCCAUCAUGUCCACCGAAACUCCACCGGACCAGGCAGCAGAGUACAUCCCAGAGAAGGUGAAGAAAGCAGAGAAGAAGUUGGAAGAAAACCCAUAUGACCUCGACGCUUGGAGCAUACUGAUUCGUGAAGCACAGAAUCAACCCAUAGACAAAGCAAGGAAGACAUAUGAGCGACUUGUCGCCCAGUUUCCCAGUUCGGGCAGAUUCUGGAAGCUAUACAUUGAAGCUGAGAUCAAGGCUAAAAACUAUGACAAGGUUGAAAAGUUAUUUCAGAGGUGCUUAAUGAAGGUUCUGCACAUUGACCUGUGGAAGUGCUACCUCUCAUAUGUCCGGGAAACCAAAGGAAAACUACCCAGCUAUAAAGAAAAGAUGGCACAAGCUUAUGAUUUUGCUUUGGAUAAGAUUGGGAUGGAGAUUAUGUCCUAUCAGAUUUGGGUGGAUUACAUCAAUUUCCUCAAAGGCGUAGAGGCCGUGGGGUCGUACGCUGAGAACCAGCGGAUCACAGCCGUCAGACGCGUGUACCAGAGGGGUUGUGUUAACCCCAUGAUUAACAUUGAGCAGCUCUGGAGGGACUACAGCAAAUAUGAAGAGGGCAUAAAUGUGCACUUGGCUAAAAAGAUGAUUGAAGACCGGAGCAGAGACUACAUGAAUGCCAGGAGAGUAGCCAAGGAGUAUGAGACUGUGAUGAAGGGUUUGGACCGGAACGCCCCCUCGGUGCCGCCCCAGAACUCCCCACAGGAGGCCCAGCAGGUGGAGAUGUGGAAGAAAUACAUCCAAUGGGAGAAGAGCAACCCACUGCGCACCGAAGAUCAGACUCUCAUCACCAAGAGAGUGAUGUUCGCCUUUGAGCAGUGCCUUUUGGUUCUCGGGCAUCACCCUGACAUCUGGUACGAGGCGGCCCAGUACCUGGAACAGUCCAGCAAACUGCUCGCCGAAAAAGGGGACAUGAACAAUGCCAAGCUGUUCAGUGAUGAGGCGGCUAACAUCUACGAGCGUGCCAUAGGAACUCUGCUCAAGAAGAACAUGUUGCUGUAUUUCUCUUUUGCAGACUAUGAAGAGAGUCGCAUGAAGCAUGAGAAGGUUCAUAGUAUAUACAACCGUCUCCUGGGGAUUGAAGAUAUCGACCCUACUUUGGUCUAUAUACAGUACAUGAAAUUCGCCAGAAGAGCUGAAGGCAUUAAGUCCGGUCGCUCCAUCUUUAAGAAGGCCAGAGAGGAUCUUCGCACACGGCAUCAUGUGUACGUCACUGCUGCUCUGAUGGAAUACUACUGCAGCAAGGACAAAUCUGUGGCCUUUAAGAUAUUUGAGCUUGGACUGAAGAAAUACGGUGACAUUCCUGAGUACAUUUUGGCGUACAUUGAUUACCUCUCUCACCUGAACGAGGACAACAACACCAGAGUCCUGUUUGAGAGAGUCCUGACGUCCGGCAGUCUUUCCCCUGAGAAAUCUGGGGAAAUCUGGGCGCGCUUCUUGGCCUUUGAGAGCAACAUCGGGGACUUGGCCAGUAUCCUGAAGGUGGAGCGAAGGCGUUUCAUGGCCUUUAAAGACGAAUAUGAGGGAAAGGAGACGGCUCUACUGGUGGACAGAUACAAGUUCAUGGAUUUGUAUCCCUGCUCCCCCUGUGAGCUCAAAGCCCUUGGUUACAAGGACGUGUCCCGUGCCAAAUACGCACUGAUUCAGGAGGCGGUGGUCACUCCUUCCACUCCUGCGCAAAAAGACGAGGCCGACCGCAAACCCGAGUACCCCAAACCAGACACCAGCCAGAUGGUUCCUUUCCAGCCGCGUCAUCUGGCACCUCCUGGACUACAUCCUGUUCCUGGAGGAGUGUUUCCUGUCCCUCCCACUGCUGUCAUCCUCAUGAAGAUGCUGCCUCCUCCCAGCUGUUUUACAGGUCCCUUUGUACAGAUAGAUGAGCUGAUGGAUUCUCUCAGAAGAUGUGUAUUGCCAGAAACUGUAGAUGCUGCUGUAGAGUUGAUCACUGGGAAACAGUUAGACAUGACCAGCGAAGGAAACGGGCCUGUGGAAAACCACGCUGUUGCAAACAAGUCCUUGAAAAGGCCUAAUGCGGAUUCAGAUGAAGAGGACGACAAAGGAUCCAUCGCACCUCCCAUCCACGACAUCUAUCGAGCGCGACAGCAGAAGAGGAUCCGAUGAGCUGACCCACAAACACACACGAACAUCACAAAGGACAAUUGAACCCGAACCCACCCGUGUGUCUCAGCUCACUGAAGCUGUUCUGACUGGUUUAAUGUGUCCCUGCACUCCUACAGCCAGGGGACGAGAGCCAAACGUGUCCCUCAGUGUUGACCCGCGUUUCAGAGGGCUUUCAGACUCAUCGCUCGAGAUCACAAGUCCGUCUAUUACCCGUCAUCGCUGAUCUCGUUUUGGUUCAGUGCUUUCAAAGUUUCUUUUUUAACAGUUUUAUUUUUUAAAACUGGGUGGUUUAUACUGUAUAAAGUUUUUAUUCUGAUUUGCCUCAUAGUUCUGAACUUGCCAUGUGUAGUUGAUGGUGAUGGAAGAGUUGAAACCCCUUUUGUAGUGAACUGAUGAUCACACACAACUUGCUUCCAAUAAAACAAAAAUGAUAAAAAAUUG